GAUUUCCAGAAGUGAUUGGGCUCCAUUCCUUUUCAUAUAAAAAUGGAUUAAUUCAAUUAUCCAAUUAUAUCAAUCAAUCUAAUUAACAUGGUUGGCGCCACGAGAAAACUUUUCCGGCAACAAGCAAUCGGACGAAAAACUUUCCAGCAAAUAUUGUUUACCACACGUGUGUGUGUGUUGUGGUUACAUUUUUGUGUUAUUCUGCUUAACUUUACCAUGGCCCGAAUUCAGGUUGCAAUAAGUACACCAAUGUGUUGUUCAAUGGACAAUGGUGGUGGUGAUUGUAUUGCGGUUUGGGAUGUCAGUACUGGCAAUAUGUUGAGCACAUAUCGAUCGAAUGGCCAGAAAUCUGCAUCCAGUAUGAUUCCAAGGCAUUGUAUCGAUCGAAUUGGUUAUCAAUAUGUGCUGAAUGGUUAUCAGAAUUCUCCAUUACUGAAUGUUUGGUCAUUGGAUGGCAAAGAUCGUUUACAUUUGAAACUGAUACUGCCAGGUAAUGUUGGAGCAUUAUGUGUCACACCGGAUGGUCAUUAUUGUUUGACGGCUAUCGAUACACGUUUGUAUAUCUGGCAACUUGCAUCCGGAUAUUUAUUGGCCCAACUUGAUGGUCAUUAUCAAUCGAUUGGUGUGAUCAAAGUUACUGGUGACCAGUCCUAUUUUAUCACCGGUGGCGAUGAUGGCGUCAUUCUGAUCUGGAAUUUCGCCAAAGUUAUUGUGCCUGAUUCGCGGCCAACAUUUUCGGUUAUCGAUGGUCAUUCUGAUCGUUUGAAGCCCGAGCAAACAAUCACCAAUUCAUCGACUGCCAUCAUUGAUAUUCACGUCGGAUCCGUAGGUCGUUUUGUUGUUUGUUCUGAACAAUCAUGUCAAGUGAAAAUGUAUCAAUUGCCUACCGGCAUUCAUUUGGCUUCCAUAUCGUUUCCACAAUCAAUUGUAUCAGUUGUAAUGGAUCGCAUGGAGCGUGCUUUAUUUGUUGGAUCCAUUACCGGUCAAGUUUAUGAGGUAUUAUUCUCACAAAUUUGGCAACCAAAACAAAAAUCAGAUUGUGGUGUACAACAUUUUGACUUAUCAACCAUGAUUAAUGAGGAAGAAAGUUCGAAUCAACGAAACAAACAAGUGAUGAUUGGUCAUACAGGAGCUGUUAAUGCAAUGGCCAUAACUGUUGAUGGACAGGCAUUAUUAACUGGAUCGCAAGAUCGAACAAUUCGUCUAUGGCAUAUCGAUAGUCAUCAAUGUAUGCGUACUGUUCAAUGUAAAGGACCUAUUUCCAAUCUGAUGGUCGUACCUAGUAUGGCUGGUUUAUUUCUGUUUGAUUCGUUGCAAUCAUGUAAUUAUUCCCUCAAUAGCACUUUGGAUUCAGGAAAUCAAAUGAGUGAUCCAUCGCUUUCCAACAAUGUUUCGCCAUCAUCGAGAAAAAGUAGAAAACAACGUAACAAAUCAAUGCAUUCACCACUAUUCAACAGCAUCUAUUCAAGACCGCAAUCGAUUGAACAGACUUUACGAACAUUACCUAAUCCCCCGAAACCAAUAUCACAGGUUUUUCAACGUGAUCUAUUUCGAUUACGAUUCAAUCCAAUUAGCCUGACCCGUUCGCGGGCCAGUCAUUCACAACAACAACAACAAAUAGAACCAACUGACGAUUCCGGUCUGUUGAAUGCAUUCGAACAUGGUGGCUGUUUAUGGAUACGAAACGAUCAAACCUCGGCCCAUGAUUUCUGGCCUCGAUGCUGGUCAAACUUUAUGAAACCAGACUUGGCAGCGGAUUAUUUCAAUCAGCCCGACACUGGACCACUGAUGAUGAUGACGAAUGAUGAUGAUGAUGAUGAUGAUGAGGCAAAGCAGUCGACGAUUUCCCAGUUGCGACAAGCCAAUCAUCAACUAUAUCAGUUGGCCAUUGAAGCGAUAUUCGAUGAUGAUAAGUCCAUGGCAUCGAUUGCUGCCCAAUCGAAUGAAAACGUCGGUAUCCCCACCACCAACGAUAAUGGCCCGGUUGAAUGCAUUGAGCUGGACGAAUAACAGAGAAAAGUUAUCGAUUUGGAAAUGAACAAAAUGGAGGAUUUU